UUUCUUUUUCUCAGUCAACAAAACGAAUGAGAAUAAAGGAAGAAGGGGAAAAGAAACCCUUCCAUUUGAUAAGACUCCUUUUUCAUUCCAUUCUUUUGACCAUCUUCAGCUUGUUUUUAAUCUGACCUCCCAGUUUCCACUCUAUUUCAUGACAUGUAACCAAUAUUGUUCUUCAAUGCCGCUAUUACAUAUGAAAGUUAUGAACAUCUAUAACUAGUUUAUCUCCAUUUGCUCAACUUCCACGCUUCCUUUUUUGCUUAAGAACAAUAAAAAACACAAACAUCCAACUUCAAAAGUACUUUAGCUUGGCAGAUACAUGGCAAUACAGGAAGGAGGUUGGCCGCUGGGAUUGCAGCCCCUGAAUGUGAGACUUGGAUUGGCUAGAAACCAUGAUUACUCUGGCUCAAUUUCAUUCAACACUACACUCACUGCUUCUCCAACUUCCUCUGCAGAUUCCUCUUCUGAUCUAGACACACAGUCGACGGGGUCCUUUUUUCAUGACAAGAGUGUUACACUUGGGAGCCUCAUUGGUGUUUCUAGCAUUUUGGAAUUGUCUAAAAGAUCUGUCAAAGGUAGGAAAACCGAAGCACCCAGAGAAAAAAGAAGCAACAACAAUAACAGGUCAAAAGUUGGGCUAUUUUCCUUGUGCUCAAGGGAUAGUACUGAUGCUGAGGAUGUUGAUGCACCAUCGCUCGGCCACUUCCUCACAGUGGAAAGGAGGGCCGCCGGUGAAUAUAGAAGGAACCACAGUCCUACCACUACUGUCUAUGGACCGGAUGAGCUUGCCUUGGCUCAGCCUAAUUCAGAAUCGAACACGCUAUUUGUUAAUGGCUGCGUCGCUCCUCCUCGAACAAGUUCUAAUCACGCUGCAGAUGAUGAUAACAAUUAUGGAGUUCCAGUGCUGUUUUCAUGCAUGUGUGGACAGCCCUCACUCUAAACAUGCCUUGCAUUGGCAUCUAACUUGUUGGUCUCAUAAAUUCUGAUUGAGUUUUUAGUGUGUGUUAGGAACUGUUAAUGUUCAUUUCCUUUGUGAUUUCUUCAGUUUUUAGGAUAGAAAUGGAAUCACUCUUCCUUGAAUCUUGAUCACUGUUAAUGCACUUAACAUUUGAGUGUUUAAUAACCAUAGAAUUUAGUUAAUGAAACAAGGCCAACAGCAUCCUCUGCUUGGGUCAAGCCCACGGCUAAUCUUGUUAAUUAUCCAAGGUCAAGAUCAUCUCCAUCUAAACCCCAUGAACUUAGUGUCCGCAACGAGUUCAAGUUUCAUUAUUUAUAUAUUUACAUUAAUUCAAUUGAUGCAUGGUA